ACUUCAAAGUAGUACCUAGCACCCAAGUGGGAGCACGGUUCGCGUCGUUAACACAGUUUACCAUUUUUCUUCGAUACAGAAAGUUAAAACUAACCGAAAAAUAAGGGAUUAAAUUCGAAGUUAUGCUAAUUGGAACUCUCCACAUAUCGAUCCUAAUAACGAACAUAUAAUCAUUUAGAGUUGUUUGAAAAAUGUUGAAAAAUCACAGUUUAUUAGUGAUAAUAUUACGUAAGGGUGAAUUUAUUUAAUAGCUGAAAAACAUAAAUAUUGCGUAGAUUGGUUGUGGAAAGUUAUUUGGAUGUUUUUAAAAUAAAAGGAAACUUGAGGGAAAAAAGUGUAUGUUUUGUGCGUCUGAUAGGCGAUACAUUUGUGUUGUUGGAGUUGUCAUAGGCCCCAUCGGUGUCUAUGUAUAAUUCGAGAAUUAGGAACGCGUCUUAGAUAACGUUAAAUUGAGGAUAGUGUAGAGGAAAAGAGUUGAGAGGCGAAGAGGAAAAUGUCGGAGAUUAUAUACCCUCAGGGGUGUAGACCAGUUAGCGAUGACUUGGGGGCUGAUGAGUUGAUCAGGCGAUUGAAGACACUAGCACAUACUCUCCAAGCGAUGGGCCAAGAUGAGGGUAUGUAUCAACAGUACAUUCCUCUGGCCCUCCACCUAGCUGAAGAACACUUUUUGAGCCACCCCAGUAAAGACGUUCAACUGCUGAUCGCCUGUUGCAUCGCAGAUGUCUUGAGAGUUUACGCCCCAGAAGCACCAUACAAAGAUGCUGACCAGGUGAAAGGAAUAUUUCUCUUCCUGAUAAAACAACUUGCAGGCCUGAAAGACCCAAAAGAUCCCGCAUUCAAACGUUACUUCUACCUUUUGGAGAAUCUUGCCUAUGUUAAGUCCUUCAACAUGUGUUUCGAGCUUGAAGACUGUCAGGAGAUCUUCUGUGCCCUUUUCUCUCUGAUGUUUAAAAUAGUGAACGACGAGCAUUCAGGAAAAGUUAAGAGUUUCAUGCUAGAAGUCCUCUGUCCCCUAAUAACGGAAUCAGACACAGUGAGCAACGAACUCCUCGAUAUAAUUCUAAUGAAUAUUGUAGAACCUAACAAGACCCAAAAGAAAAAUGCCUAUUGGCUGGCGAAAGAACUUGUAAUAAAAUGCAGUGACACACUAGAACCCUAUAUCCAGGCUUUUUUUAACCAUGUGCUGAUUUUGGGUCGAGAAGAGAAGGGCUUGCAGAUAUGCAAAAAAGUGUAUGACUUGAUUUACGAGCUGAAUCAUAUCUGUUCCAGUAUUUUACUCUCAGUCCUACCACAACUUGAGUGCAAAUUGAAAUCGACCCUUGAAACUGAGAGACUGAAUGCAGUUGCCCUUUUAGCCAGAAUGUUCUCAGAAAAAGGUUCCCAAUUGGCCACUCAACACGCCCAAUUGUGGCGAGCAUUUUUAGGUAGAUUUAACGACAUAAGUGUCGCAAUUCGUAUAAAGUGUGUCCAGUACUCGAUGCACUUCCUACUGAAUCAUCCGGAGCUCAGAAAGGAUAUCACAGACACCUUAAAAAUGCGACAACAUGAUGCAGACGAGAAUGUUCGUUAUGAAGUUGUGAUGGCGAUUGUAUCAACGGCACGAAGAGACUUUGAAGUAGUGUCGGAUAAUGAGGAUCUCCUGGAAUUUGUUAAAGAGAGAACUCUCGAUAAAAAAUUCAAGAUCAGAAAGGAGGCAAUGUCAGGACUUGCCAUGAUUUAUAAAAAACAUCUGAAUGAUGCUGAUGUACCUCAGGCUACGAAGAAGGCAGUGACAUGGAUCAAAGACAAAAUCCUAAAUGGAUAUUAUAUGACGGAAAUGGAUGACAGGUUACUAGUGGAGAGAUUGUUAAAUACCUGUUUGGUACCCUAUCAAUUACCAGCUGAAGAAAGGAUGAAAAAACUAUACCAUCUAUUGGGAACAAUUGACGAUAAUGCUUCGAAAGCAUUUGUGGCACUUCAGAAACACCAGUUGGCUGUUCGAAGAGCAGUUAUGGAAUGGGUGGAGAUUAUUAAGAAACCAGAUGCUAACAAUGAACUCAUGGCAAAGGUGCAUCAGAUCUCUCGGUUCUUGCCAGAUCCCAUGAAAGUUAUGGAGUUUCUUCAAAAGUUCUCAGCGCACAUGAAAAAAGACCCGACUCUCCUCCAGGGAAUGGAAGCUAUUGUCCAACCUACUGUUUCAUGCAAAGAGUGUGCAGAGACAAUAGCAGCUGUUCUAAAGAAACUUGGCCAACCAGUGAUGACAAAUCUUUACUAUAAUACCAUAAAAAAACUCUUGGAACGAGUGAGUUCUGUACUGAUCGAUGAGGAAGCAAUCAGAAUCUUCAUUGGCUACGUCCACGAUUGUCUAAAAGGUGGCAAUGUAAUUGAAGAAAUUGGAUUGAAUCCCAGUAAUGCUGGAGAAAAAGGUCUUCGUCUGCUGGUGAUGCUGUCCUUCGUAUUUGGGCCUCAUUUCCUUCACAAUGAUAUUCUCCUGCAACUUGUGGAGCUUUUAGAGAUUGAAGACGAAAUGGUGGGUGCAUUGGUCCUAUCAAUUUUCACAUUCCUGGGAAAGUACAAGCCUCUUUGCGAAGUUGCACCUGAUAUUAUGCAGAGAAUGGUACCAAUUUGCAAGAAUUUUGCUCUAUCAGGAACUUCGAAACAAGCUAAACAAGCUAUUCGCUGUAUUUUUGUUAACAUGGUAAAUAUUCAUGACACAAUAUUUCCUGAUAUAAUCGACAAGAUCAAAACGACAUUGACACCAACAUCCAGCGAUUACAGAACAUCGAUCGUUACACUGGGUCACAUUGCUUAUAAUCUACCAGACAAGUAUCAUGUACAAAUAAAAAAUAUGGUGUCGAGGAAAAUAGUGAAAGAGUUACUAGUGAAGGAGACAACGGAAUCCACUGCUGAUACUAUUGAGGGUGAUUGGUGCAAAGAGGAAGAGUUACCGGAGGAAACUCGUUGUCGAUUGGAGGGACUGAAAUGUAUGGCGCGGUGGUUACUUGGAUUGAAAACAGAUAAUUUGUCAGCGCAAAAGACAUUUAGGAUGUUGAAUGCUUUUGUUGGAAAUAAGGGAGAUCUUCUUCAACAGGGGAGACUAAGUCGUGCUGAAAUGAGCUGGUUACGCUUGCAGGCUGGCUGCUCUAUGCUCAAAAUUUGUGAACAGAAGGGAGUAGGGGAUCAGUUCAUCGCUGACCAAUUUUAUAAUUUAUCAUUACUCAUGGUCGAUGAAGUUAAGGAGGUCAGAGAGGCAUUUGCUGCUAAAUUGCACAGAGGCUUAGGUACUGGAAUUCCGAACAAGUGUUUGCCAUUGGAUUUCAUGGGUUAUUAUGCGCUUGGAGGAAAGGAACAGGAUAAGAAGCAGAAAGCACAGCUGAGGACAUUCAUGGUAACUGAUAUCAACAGGAGAAGGGAUUACGUUAAAGCACUUUCUCUUGGGACUGUUGAGAGAGCAAUGGGGCAACUACCACACAUUCUACCUGAUUACAUGCUGGUUUUCGCUGUUCCAAUACUAGCUCAUGAUCCUGAAUUCACAAAUCACAAGGACAUUAGUCAACUAAGAAUUAUUGAACAGUGUUUGAGAUUUAUUCUUGAACCACUUAUCACCAAAAAUGAAUAUUACUGUUAUGGAUUUUAUAAGAAUCUUAUUGAAAAAAUGAAGAACAACAAGGAUGCUGUAAGACCUGAUGAUGAUGAGAUGAAUUACAAAUUGUGGACUGUCUGUGAUCUUGCAAUGAACGUUAUUUACACUAAAACGACAAAUUUUGACAUGAAAGAGUUUCCGAGUGAACUACGAAUUCCUACCAUGUACUUCAAGAGGGCUGAUGAGCUUAUCAGCAAUUCGAUAAAUUAUUUACCAUCUGAGAUGCAGAUUAAUAUGACUAGUCCUAAGGGAAAAGGUAGUCUCAUUCAUAAUAUCAAUGAAAAGCCUACCAGGAAGAAGGGAAAACAUACCAGAGAGACAGUUGGCAUUGGACCUAAUGAAACUGAUGCUAGGCUGCAAAUUGGAGAGAUGGAGUGCAUUGAUGCACAGCCUGCUGAAGCAUCGGAAACAAGGAUUCAACUUCCGGGAAUGGAAGAAGAGAUUGACGAACCGCCUGCAAAAAGAACGCGAGAAUCCGAUAACUUAAGUAAAUAAUUGGAAAAGCAGUCUACCAAUUGUUAAAAAUGAAUGAAUUCGUCACCUGCGCUGGACAAUUUGAAACGUAUGAAGCAUUUAACGGUGUUUGAAAGGAAGGAUAAACAGCCACAUGAAUGGAAAAUAUGAAAAUAAACAUUAAAAAUUAGAAAACAGAA